ACCAGCAAAACGGUUUCAGCCAGCAGAGGGCAGUCUUUCACUGCGAGACCGUCAACACCAAGACCGUCCGUUUCGACUUCACAUUCAGAUGGUUAAACUUUAUUUUAUCCUAAAAUACCAACUGAUAGGAUUAGAUGUGAAACGGAAGAUGCAGCUUUACCAGGAACAGGGUUUCCACACGCACAUAUAUUCUUUCAAAAAGUACAAAAUGUGCCAUUUCAUCAUGAAGCAGAAGUGACCCUCCCAUAAGGAAACGCAUCAGUUUAACGGCGAUGUUAUCUGUGAUGCUAAAAAUGACCAGACAGCAGUAUGAGACAGACCCGCAGGUCAUACUAGAGAACAUGUUUGUUGCCGUGAUGGACAACAUUUUCUUACUGGUGCUGGUCACACUUCUCAGCGUCGUUCAGAAUGUGUUCUUCGCCUUAAAGGUUGAGAAAGAGUGCACGGGUCAACAUUCUAAAUCUCAUUCUCCAGCCUUUGAGCGUUUGUCUUGUGCAAAUCGAAACUGCAUGGACACGUACUCCACAUUUCUGGCAGUACUGUGGUGCGCUGGUAUCUGUCUGAGCCAAGCUCCAGCUGCCUUUGCUGGCAUUAUCUACCUUGUGGUCCGGCAGAAGUACUUUGUUGGCUACUUGGGGCAGACUUGCCAGAGCACUCCCGGCUUCCUGUUCGGGAAACGCAUUCUUUUCUUCCUGUCACUCAUGUGUGCUGUGGGAAUCAUAAAUCACCUGAUGCUCAGCUUCGGUGGCAGUGACUACAAAGAGUACAUUCAGAUCAUCACCAAAGCAGCAUCAACCCUUCUGCUCUUGCCCUGAACAGUUCUAUACAGAUUUAACAGCAGCUGAAACAGUAGUGCAAACAUUAACCAAAAAAAAUCUUUUGGUUAAUGGUUUGUUAGUUAGUGAGAGGAUGUGGCAAGAAAAGUGAGUGAAGCGUUCACAGUAAUGGUCAGAACGACAUUUAACAGCAAAAUUAUAUGUACAUAUUACAAACCUUUAAAAAUCAACAAAAGAAAUAAAAAAGGUUGUUUUGACUAUUAAUAUCCCAGUAUAAGGUAUUUGAAGAAAUGUUUUAAAGGGGUCACAUCAUGCUUUCAUUUUUUUUGCAUUGAGGUCAAAUAGUAAAGAUUUGUCCAAAAAAAGUUUAGUUUUCGUAACCUAUUUCACAUCUCUGAAUUCUGAACUUUAGAUUUGAAUGGUCAGUUUUUUGUUACUGUGCCUUUAAAAGUGACAAGUUCUGCUUGCACACCUGAUUUCAGGUUUUCUGUUGUGUGAAACAGUUCAGCCUCUUUACAAAGUCUGCAUUACAUGACAGGAUUACAAACUAAUCAGUGCUGAAAUGUCAGGCUGAAAUUAUUAGGUAUAGUAUAUCUGCAUGUUUCUACUGAUUCUCUGGAAGUAUAUGCAGAGUGUAGGUGCUACACAGCACAAUACAUGUGUAAAAUUAGAGUAUAAUGUGAUGUUUUACUCUGUGUGACAUCAAAAGUUGCAAAAUUAUUUAUUUGUUUGGCUUGAUUUCAGUUAUCCGGAAAGAUAAAGGAAUAUUUGAUUCCUCAUGAUAUGACCCGUUUAAAGCAAUGGAUGGAACACAUUCGGGCACUUUUGCUUAAAGUGACCCAUUUAAAAAAGUAUUGUAACUAUCUUGAGUUUGUUAGUUUACAAUGUGAGGAUGUAAAUCUUUCUGCUUCAACAGAAUUAUAAUUAAGAUCUCCAUUUCUUUAUGAUUUUUUUGUAUUACUGCUGACAUAAUAAAGAUUUAUUUAAAAUAAAA